GGGCGGCCCGGGGCUGAGGUGGGCUCGCCCCCUCCCGCCUUUACCGUGGCGCCCCAGCACUGCCCGCCGGGAAAUGGCUCCGCUCAGCCUUCUCGGGAGAGCGCAUCGAUCCUGCCCGGUCUUCCCUUCCUCCUCCCCACCUCCGCUCUGCUCCGAGUCUCCAGAGGGGAGACAUUGAGAAGGCAGAUUCUAAUGUGCACUUCGCGAGCUGCCGGGUGGGCGCUUCGAGAUUUUCAGUACAUUUUUUUUUCUUUUUUCAUUUUUCUCUAAUGUGAUCGCAGGGAAGCAGUGGUAUUGCUUUUAGGAUUUUUUUUUUUUUUAAUUAAAGUGCACGUCGCGUUGGGUUGCACGCUCCACCCCCGGGACCUGGUGUGGAGAAAUUUGAACCCACAGCCUUAGCCUCAAAAAGGCCGAGUUUCCUGUCCUUCCCUGAGUGCGGAGGGCAACGCGAGCGACAUGACCAGCGAACUCAUUUUCUAUAGGACUUCUUGAAGCUGGUUUCUGCGUUUCUUUACCUGGACGCUCAUUUGCGGAAUAGAGUUGACUUCUGUCCCCGCGCAGCAUUUAGCUCCAAUAAGCAAAUGUCACCUCUGUUUGAACGUUUUGGUGUUAACGAGAGAGAAGUCAUUUCACCAACGAGAACUAAUUGAACUGUCAGCAUCAUUGAAAUACCUACGAAAACGGAUCUGGAGGGGGGUGGUGGAAAAGCAACUGCGAAAUAGUAGACGGAGAAAUUCCUUUGGAAGUUAUUCCGUACCCGAGACCAGAAGCUUCAGAGCAAGUUUUCACUGGGCAAAAUGGGGGAACAACCUAUCUUCAGCACUCGAGCUCAUGUCUUCCAGAUUGACCCAAAUACAAAGAAGAACUGGGUACCCACCAGCAAGCAUGCAGUUACUGUGUCUUAUUUUUAUGACAGCACAAGAAAUGUGUAUAGGAUAAUCAGUUUAGAUGGCUCAAAGGCAAUAAUAAAUAGCACUAUCACUCCAAACAUGACAUUCACUAAAACAUCUCAAAAGUUUGGCCAGUGGGCCGAUAGCCGGGCAAACACGGUUUAUGGAUUAGGAUUCUCCUCUGAGCAUCAUCUUUCGAAAUUUGCAGAAAAAUUUCAGGAAUUUAAAGAAGCUGCUCGGCUAGCAAAGGAGAAAUCGCAGGAGAAGAUGGAACUUACCAGUACACCUUCACAGGAAUCGGCAGGUGGAGAUCUUCAGUCUCCUUUAACACCAGAAAGUAUCAAUGGAACAGAUGAUGAGAGAACACCUGAUGUGACCCAGAACUCAGAGUCAAGAGCUGAACCAACUCAGAAUGCAUUGCCAUUUUCACAUAGUUCAGCAAUCAGCAAACACUGGGAGGCUGAACUGGCUACCCUCAAAGGAAAUAAUGCCAAACUCACUGCAGCCCUGUUGGAGUCCACUGCCAACGUGAAACAGUGGAAACAGCAGCUCGCUGCAUAUCAGGAGGAAGCAGAACGCCUGCACAAACGGGUGACAGAGCUUGAAUGUGUAAGCAGCCAGGCAAAUGCGGUGCAUACCCAUAAGACAGAAUUAAAUCAGACAAUACAAGAACUGGAAGAGACACUAAAAGUCAAAGAAGAGGAAAUAGAAAGAUUAAAACAAGAAAUUGAUAAUGCCAGAGAACUACAAGAACAGAGGGACUCCUUAACUCAGAAACUACAGCUUCUCCUCAGAGUCAAGUCUUCGAUGCUGAAAUGUGCUAAGUGCGUCUUUAAAUGUAUUAUUUUGAUGCUGAAUUCAUCACUAGAGCCAGGAUUGUGGAUGAUCAUGUGCCAACAGCAAGAGGUUAUGGAGAUCUCAUCUGCAGAAGAGGUGAAGAAAAAGGCAGAGAAAUCCAUUUCAAGUGAGAUUAGGAAGAUGUGUAAAACAUGGGAAAUAGUGAAAAGUUUUGUAUGAAAGCACCACCUGAAUAAGGCUACAGCAGUGUGUUGUCUGUUGUCUGUUUAACAACAAUGCAGUGUCACGUUUCUCCAAAAUCCUCAGAGACAAAAGCAAGUGUCAUUGGAUAGCUCGUUAAAGUUUCAUGAAAAGAUUCCACUGAGCCAGUAGACAGCCGUGAUUUCCUUUAGUGAUUGAGAAAUCCCAUGAGCCAGUGGGGUUUUGACACAAGGUGCAGAAACCAGAGGUUACUGGGUUGCACAGUCUACCCAUCUUGAAAAUUCUUUGUGAUUGUGGAAGCUUCUUAAAAAUGAGUGCUGGGGAAAGCUGGAAUAAGUAGUUACAUUAUUUGAUAGUUAAACAUAAAGUCAUCUUAUACAGUGACCCUCCUUUUCUAUCUCCCUCACACCAGCUACAAAGGUUUUCAAUUUAAAUGCAGGGUAGUUUCUUUCUCUGUAUUUUGUAUUUUCUGUAUUAUCAUUUUACAGUAUUGCAGUCAUUUUUAUAUGACUAUGUCUAGAUUGUGGAACAAAUCAGGAAAUUUGCCUUGAUAGACAAGUGUUUUGUAUGACAAGCAUGUUUCCAGAAUGAAUUGUGCUCACAAACCAAAAUUUUACUGUAUUUAAAAAUCUCCCGAUUUUGGAAAUUGGCAUUUUCAAGCUUUGUGGAUAUUUACACAAACAACAAUGAAUGAGGAUGUUAAUAACACAAAUAAAGCUUCCAUUAAAAUACUUAGUAAAAAACAGUGCUAAGGAAGAGGCAAAAUACAGGGGUGACAAUCCCUGGGUCCUGUCCCACACUGUUACAAAAGAGCAAGAGCUGCUGUGAGCCUGCUACUUAGAAUAUCUACCAAUAAUGCUAUUUUAAACAAGCACAACCAGGUUAAUUCAAAUAAAUAUCCUUUAUUAAAGAACAAAAGGAAUAUUGUUAAGCACCAAAACCGUAUGUUAUUACAUUGCAUGUAUAAUAAGAGAAAAGUGAUUGCAAUACUUGGUGUACAAGUACUUAACUCUGAAGUCAUGAGUCUAAAAAACAAAUACAAAGCGGUAAUAACAAUGAAGAAAAUUUGCACUAAUGAGCAAAAGGCAACAGUCAAAACAAUUAUUGUAGAUGUCCUAGUAUUGCUAUAAAUGCUUGCUUAGUGUUUUCUUUGUACUUUUAAUACUUCAGAAUGUUAAUUGAGCCUAUUUCUUGUAAAAUCUGCAGAAAAUGCCUUUACAAUCCACUAUGCACACUGUCCAUUUAAUGUCAUGGUGAGAAAGCCAUCGAUAAAGCCAAGCACAAUGUGCUAGUGUUUCUACCUUUAUAAUAUUGCACAAAGCUAAAAAUGGUGAAUCAGUUUGCCAGCAUAAUUUCCGUGUACCCAGAAUGGCUAGAAACAUGUCAGUUUUGUUAGCUGUAAGGGACUUUAUUCAUGCAAAAUGACCUGUGGCCUUUGACUUUUCUUGAACUAUAUCUGGGCUCCAUGUUUGGCAAGACACACAGCACAGUGAGAAAUCCCACAAGCCAGUGGGGUUUUGACAAAGCCACAGAAACCAGAGGUCACUGGGUUGCACUGUCUACCCAUCUCGAAUAUGCCACCUUGUGAUUGUGGAGGCUUCUUAAAAGUAAUGAGUGCUGGGGAAAGCUGGAACAACUAGGUACAUUCUUUGAUAGUUAACCAUACAACAUGCAAGUUUUAAAAAAAAAUGCCCCAGUUAAAACUGAACUCUAACCCAACACCAUAUGUUUUUACAACUAAACAUCGCUUUUCAUUUUUCCGGUGCACCCAAGCACCCCAACUGAGUCAGUUUGUUGUAAAUUAAUCUUCAAAAACUCCCAAAAACAAACCUCCCCUAACUCUCAAAACAUGACUUCUUUGAGAUUCAGUGUGAUUUAAUGUCCAUAAAUUCUUUAAUAGGUCAAUCUUAGAGGUAUUUUCCAUACAUGCACCUUUACAGUGGCAUAGUAAUUGUUUGCAGAAGUAGGGAAACAGGUAUACAUUUGGAAUUACAUCCUACAAAUGCAAAUGUCACUGGGAAAAACAGAAAAUUUUAGAAUAAAUGCAUCCUUGAAAUAAUUAAAUGGGCAAACAUUUAAUGUGUACACACACACAGUCCUCUUCCCCACCUUUAAAAAACUCUGCUUACAAACAUGAUAGUUUAGGCAACAAUAUAAACUCAUUUUUCAGGAAAAUCUUUUUAAGUUACACUUUUUAUAGAAUAAAAAAUACCACUUGCUUCAUUUUACAAAGCAAUUAGGCAGUUCCUCUUAACGUGCUCUGAAGGGAUCAAAGCGCCUCCCUUGCUGCUCAGCAGCCUGCGUAGUACGCACAGUGCUCACGCUAAGGUGCUUCUGCCUCUUGCCCCCAUCUGAAGUGAGUCUGCUUUUUCAGUCUAACACUAAGCAUAGCUCUUUUUCUGUGCUAAGCAGUAAAUGGGAAAUAAAAUGUUUACAAUUCACUUUAUAUUUAUAUUCAGUGCAACUAAAGGUCUCUGCUUUCAUUAUCAAAUGGUUGCAUUUUAACAAGGUGUCUGCAGUAUUCUGAAAUGUUUUACAGUUGUUUGGUUUUUUAUUUCUUUUUCUUUUCUUUUUUAAACAAAUAAUCUGAUAAAGUGUAAGAAAUUUCAACUCCCUGACAGGUCCAGUAAAGGACCCAAUAGUACUACUUUACAGGUUGGUAUCUGGUGUUAAGUGCAUAAUACUUAGAUAAUAAAGCCGAAAACCUAUGUGUUUAUUAAAAAAAAAAAAGACUUUCUUUAGGCUAAAAGCAUUGAUUUAAAUUAAUACAAACACAUUCAGUAAAUGUAAUUUGAAACUGGUCGCAGGGAAUGUAUAAAAUUAAGUGUAUUAAUUGUAUACUGAUCCCAUUUCAUAUAGAAAGGAUGCUGCCUGUUUGUGUUCCUGAUUCAAGAGUUGUAAUUCUUGUGUCUACAAUGGCUGAAGUAUGCUUUACCAUUUAACACAUUUUUAUGAUACAGUGUGGCUGCGCUAUGUGGUACCAAAUCCUAGGUCAACUUCAUAGAAACAAGGAUCUACCCAACCCAAACAGAGAGGAAAUGUCAGUACUCUUGUAAUGGGGAAGGCUCUGCAUUUCUUCCAUGGAAAUACCACACUUUGCUCAUAACUGCACCUACUGGGACCCAUAAAAUUGCAUUUUACAGAAUGUUUCAGUUCCACAGUGAAGAACCAAAGAAUUGUUUUUAUGCUGCGCAGAAACUCAUUAAGCCUGUAACUAUACUUCAAACAAUUGUCCAUCCUUGAAAAUCCUCACUGGCUAAGCAAUUCCUCGCUCUACUGUAUGACAGACAACCUGGGCUGUACACCAAGUGGGGCCUUUUUCUACCCAUGCUGUUGCUUAUACAGACAAACAUUCAGUUGCAGUGGUGGAGGACUAUUUUAAAUUGACAUUCAAGUGAGCAAUAACAUUAACCUCAAAACACCCUCAAGUCAUAAUGUACUUGUUUUUCCAUUUUAUAUACAUUGCAAUCAAGACCAGAUGGUAAAUUAAUUUCUAAGUUGACUCAGCAAAAGCAAGCAGCUCUCUGUGGAUAUAUAAAUGAUACCUUAACAUAAACAUAAUGGUCAAAUAUUCUGAACCAUUAAAAAAAAGUACAGGCAAGUCUGGAAAUGGAAACCUGCUAGUCUGUAAGUACCAUGAAACCAAAACUAUACAAAUUUAACAUUAAAGCCAAAGAUCCUCCCGGGGGUGGGGAGUGGGGCAAUUUAAACACUCUCACACAGGUUUUGUGUGGUUCUAAAGCGGCUUUAAAAAUCCAUAUUAAGGUUCAACUAGUAAUCUUAUCUUGACAGACCAGUGGGCCUUAGGCAUUACAAAUUUUAAUGUAACUUGUGAAUAAUUCUAAAGCCAUGUCCUACCAUAAUCCAUAAUUUUGUGGAACUAGGAACUUGGAUCCCCCUCCCACACACCAAGUGCUGGGGACUAAGCUCUGGACUUUGCGCUUAGGGGUUAGGACAGUACACCGCAGCCCAAAAAAAA